CUCUAAUAAACAAAGCUGUGCUCACCUUUAUGUUGCAAACACAGUUGCAGCUAAUAUGGGCAUUCGACCAAGUUUUCCAAUAAAACACGAAACGAUUUAUUUUGAAUCGCCUGCAAAUUACACUUCAUUUGGAACAAGAAGAGCUGAAGAGCUGGUACCACUGCACACAUCUUUAUUCCACCAGCUCCACGAGCCUUUCUGGAAAGAUCUAGUGUGCGAAAGGAAGAUUGACUUAGAAGCCAGAAGAAAAUUUUACGAUAUGGGACAAGAAACAAUAAAAGCUCUUUCAAGCAGAUUUUCAGACUUCAAAUCAGUUGACAUACAGGAACUGCGAUUUCAGUUUCAGUGCUUUGAUAUAAAUGGCGAUGGAUUGAUUGACAAAUCAGAGCUUAUGCAUGUACUCGAUGAUAUGGGGGACAAAUCAGAUGCCGAGACAAGGGAGCAGUGCUUUCUUGACAUUGAUGAGGAUGGCUCUGGAGCAAUCGAUUUCGAGGAGUUCCUUGGGUUGAUCUAUCAAUUGAAAAAUGAAUAUGGCAAAGACAAGCACUCCAGCUCAAUCGCAGUUGUAAGCAAAAAUAGGAGCGACAAAGUAAAAGCCCUUUGCAAUUUGAGCAUAGAAGAACAGCUAGAAAAUGGACUUUUUUGAAUGAUCCAAAAUUUUGAUAACAACGAACUUAUUUAUGAUUAAUUUCAUAAAUAAAUGAAGCUUCAUUAUUUCAAAUUUCAUGCUAUUUUAGUUUUAGUUUAUAUGUACGAAUUACAACAGUUUAUAUGUACGAGUAUAAUAACAAACUAUUCAGCCAUGUCUCAGCAAAGCGACCCAUGUCAUGUCUUUAAGUUUCGUAUCUAUGCAUCCUUGUAAAUGUAAAAGGCGCUAUCAGUAACCUUUGCCUUUGUAAUGACAAGAUUUAUCGAUAUUUUGCUGUUGGACACCUUAAAUAAACUUUUGAUGUUUAAUGCUAAAAAUUCUCCCAACGUUUAAUGCUCCCAACACGGAAAAUUAUAGGAAACAUCUAUUGCUGGAAAUUUUGUCCGUUUAUCUGCAAGAUUAAAUUUAUCCCCACUGAAAUGCUGGUUUGUAAAGAAGCACAACCUUGAAUGAGCGCUUUCACGAAGUUAAUGGUAAACUAUCAAAUUAAUUCUCGGCCACUUUUUUAUCGCUUUGUAUGGGCAAUAAAUUAAUUAUGUCGAAAAAUUUUCAUUUCCGAGCUGAAAACACCACGUGUGAACGACGUGAGUAAUCAUCAUUUCCAGACUGGCGAUGCGCAGCAGACAUGUUCAAAGCAUAGACUAGAGUAGUGAGUAAUGAACUGAUAACAGACUCAGGCCCGCUGAUAGGAGGCAGGGGUGGAUUACCCCAGGUCUUGGGCUGAGAGAGGCCCCAAAAGUAAUAACAACAUACCUAACAAUAGCAACAACAAUAACAAUCCAAAUUUAAUGACGUCACCAUUGGCCCAAUCUCUCUUCUCCCACAGAGUUUCCUGUAAAAGCUCUCGCCGGGCCUGCACAGACUAAUACACAAAUUGGUACGAAAAGGUUUUCAUAGGGCACACUUCUUUUUCUUCACCGGUGCGCACAUCAUAUUUUAUCAAAAUGUAAUAGUUCUUAAUAAAUUAGCAGAAAAUAAUAAAUUUUGCAAGGCGGCUUUUGCAUCCAGCUGUAAUUGACUAAAUGCAGAAAUUGACUAUGGAUUCAAUACUCAAGAUUUUACCAUUAUCGAUAGAUAUUUGAUUGCUGACACUGUAUCUACCACUGACACCGACACAGGGGCGCAAUCAGACUACUAAUGAAAGCAACUCUGAGCUUUUGUACCUAAAUUUGUUCGUUUUUUUCUUUUAUUUCUUUAACCUAUUCGUUAAUACGCAAGUCUUCACUGAAUAAUAUUCAGUGACAACAAUACUCGGCGGCUAGAUAAAGCAUUAGUUGUCUAUGUAGUUAGUAAGCAGUUUUUAUAAAAAUUUCUUCCAACAUCCAGUUUCAGCAUAAUUCAAUAUGUUUCAUGGGUUCUUAGAAGAUUAGAAAAAUUAGAUGCAUUAUAAAGGAGUCUAGGUGAAAUAAUUCCAAAUUUUUGAAGAGAUAUGCCCCUGAACUCCUCCUAUGUUGAAGAAUCGAUGAACACUCAUCGGUGCAAAUGCACUGAAAUCCUCGAUAAUCAGCAUUCCCGUGCACGGGAAACUUCCACGAACGCACGACGACUCGUCAUUGGUAUUGAAAGAAACGAUUAUUGCCGGAAACGCAACUCGGUGCCUAUUAUAUCUAUUGGCUGGUGUUUCUUAUCAACAUCGUAAACUAAAUGAUGUUACCAAGGGCACGUUUUUAAAAUGGAAAAAUUGAAAGCACGCGAAAAGCAAGAUAGGGCCCCUCAGAUAGCUGAAAAUUUUGGCGAUAAGAAUUAGGGCUGUUCAUGCUUUGGGAAACCAUGCACGUUUACAUGGAAGCAUACCAUCUGUAACGAAUAAGUUUUACAUUGUUUAGCAGAAAGACAGACAAAGGCUUCUUUGUCGAUUUAUAAGCUUUUCGUGGCUUUUCAUAAUUCCCUGUAUACACCCUCUUGUCAUGUUCAGGUGCGUAGCUACUUGGGGUGUGGGGGUGUCACACCCCCAUAUAUUUCAAAAAAGUUUCAAAAUUCAGGCAAAUACUCGGGAAUAAAAAUUUCAGGCAUUGGACAAGUUUUGUAAUAUCUUAAUAUACAACUUAAGAGCUCGUAUAAAUAACUUGAAUAUAGAUAAUUAUAUCAUAUAUGUAUAAAUUAAUUGAGACAAAAUAUAUUACAUUAACUAUUUUAUGUUUUUCAUCGUAAUUUUAUAAAUUAUAUAAAUUUAUACAAAGCAAUGUAAUUUAUAUAAAGUUUUCGAAAACGUAUGGAAAGUGGGAAAAUUCGGGUAAAAUUUUUUUGACCAAUACUUGAUGUGUCAAUGCACUCCUAAUCAUGUUCAUCUGCCUUUCAUAUUCGUUUAAGUCCACUUCAGUGCCUAUCAUAAUGUUAAAAUUUCUUGUAGGCCAAA